AGAAAGUGCCAUAAAAGUAAUUGUGAAGUAAGUAGGAGUAUUAAGUAUUUUACAUUUACCCCAAAACAAAAUAACUUAAACUAAUUAUUUGAAAUGAUUACGAGUUGAUAUCGACCAUGGUUUCAAAAAAAUCUACCGAAAACAAGACAUCGAAAAAUUCGAAUAAGGUCACCGAACUUUCUGAAUGUGAAAAAGAAAAAUGUUAUUUAGAAAAUGCACUAACAACAUCUAAAAGAGAAGUAGGUGAUGGCGCACCAGCUGAAAAGGAAAUAGAGACUAUGGAACCAAUUCAACCUGUAGAUGAGGUUGCAAUAAUUAAAACAGUAUAUGUCCGAGUAGAAAUUGAUGUGAUUUUCAUGGGUCUGCUACUAAUGGCUCUUUGUACAAGACUGUACAAUUUAGAAGAGCCAAAAUAUAUUGUGUUUGAUGAACUUCAUUAUGGGAGAUAUGUGUCCCUGUACACUAAAGGAGUAUUCUUUUUUGAUGCUCAUCCUCCAUUAGGGAAACAGAUGCUUUAUUUGGCUGGGCAAAUGGCUGGUUACGAUGGUAACUUUACAUUUGAUAGGAUUGGCUCACCAUAUACUGAGUCAGUACCUGUUAAAGCAUUGCGCUUAGUCCCUGCCAUUUGUGGCAGCCUACUUGUACCUUUGUCCUAUCAGUUGAUGUUGGAAAUAUCAACAUACCAAAUCACUGCCAUUCUUGCAGCUGUUUUAGUUUUAUUUGACAAUUGUUUUCUAGCUCAGUCGAGAUUUAUGUUAUUAGAGAGUAUACAAAUACUUUUCAGUUUAUUUGGUAUACUGUGUGUACUGAAGAGCACUCGUACAAAACAUGUUGCUUCAGUUACAUGGUUGUGCUUUGGUGCUCUUUCUCUUGGAUGCUGUUUUUCGAUAAAAUACUCAGGUCUUUACUCUUACUAUUUAGCAAUAUUUCUAAUUGGACGACAAAUAUGGAAACGCAUUGAUCAAGCAGAAUCGACCUUUAAAUUAUGCUUGUCAGCUUUAUGGAGAUUUUUCAUUCUUAUUUGUGUACCAUUUAUGGUAUAUGUUGGUGUAUUUUAUGCCCAUCUUUCAAUGUUACCGAAAGCUGGACCUCAUGAUAGUGUAAUGACAAGUGCUUUUCAAGCAUCGCUGAAAGGAGGUCUCGCAAGUAUCACUAAAGGACAACCAUUACAUGUUUCUCAUGGCUCCCAAAUAACACUUAGGCACUCCCACGGGCGGACUUGUUGGUUGCACUCACACGCGCAUGUGUAUCCGGUCCGCUACUCUGAUGCCCGAGGGUCCUCUCACCAGCAACAAGUGACCUGCUACAGUUUUAAGGAUGUUAACAACUGGUGGAUCGUUAAAAGACCAGAUCAGCUCUCUCUCGCCGUGUCUAACCCCCCCGAUGCUAUACGACACGGAGAUGUAGUACAACUGCUACAUGGUAUCACAAGUCGCGCUUUAAAUUCACACGAUGUGGCCGCACCGGUCUCGCCACAAUCACAGGAAGUAUCUUGUUACAUCGACUACAAUGUGUCGAUGCCGGCGCAGAAUCUCUGGCGUGUGGAGAUCGUGAACCGCGAAAGCGAAGAUGCGACUUGGGACAGUAUUCGAUCCAUGGUGCGUCUUAUACACGUAGACUCAAACUCCGCCCUGCGCUACAGCGGCCGUCAGCUUCCCUCCUGGGGCUUCCAUCAGCACGAAGUUGUCGCUGACAAGGUCAUCACUCAUCAAGACACGAUCUGGAAUGUCGAAGAACACCGUUAUACCAAGGCUGAAGACAGAAGGGAGCGCGAGCGUGAGCUCGUAUCUGCAGAGAUGAUCCCGACAGCGGUUACGCAGCUGUCGUUUUGGGAAAAGUUUCUAGAGUUGCAGUACAAGAUGAUAUCGCACUCGCCCGACGCGCCGCAGGGACACAUGUUUGCGAGCGAGCCCGCUGAGUGGCCGCUGCUUGUGCGCUCGAUAGCGUAUUGGCUAUCACCAAAUUCAAAUGCUCAAGUUCAUCUUAUUGGUAAUUUAGUGACGUGGUAUGCCGGAACCAUAUCAAUUCUAAUAUUCGGCGCCUUACUCGCCAUAUAUGCCAUCCGUCAAAGGCGAGCAUAUGUCGAUCUGCCGGCUCACGCCUCACAAAAAUUCUACGACGCUGGCUGUAUACUCUUCCUAGGCUAUUGGCUACAUUACUUACCAUAUUUUUUCAUGGAUAGAACAUUGUUCCUUCACCAUUAUUUACCUGCUUAUAUUUUUAAGGUUCUUCUCUUAGCUUAUGUUAUUGACCACAUAUAUUACAUUUUAUGUACCAGUGAAAAGAUAAAGCAAUUUACACCUUUAUUUGUAUUCUGUAUCACAAUAUGGUUGGUUUAUGUAAUAAUUACAUACCACAAGUUCAGUGUUCUGAGCUAUGGCAAUAUGGAUUUGACUGAAUCUGAUCUUUUAAAUCUCAGAUGGAAAGAUACUUGGGACUUUAUUUUACAUAAGAAAAAUUAAGCUUUAAUUUCUUCACCUCAGUGGUAUUACAGAUCAAAAUUAUAUUUUCUAAGUAAUAGGAUAAUAAGAAUUUUUUUUCUAUUUA